UUGAAGUUGAAAGGAAGCAAGCACCGAUAUUCCAUGAAACAAGGAUUAAUAUUCUAAACCUUCUCAUUGCCUCUCUGGAGUGUAAACCACCCAAUCUUGCUCUGUAUCUUCUUGGUUAUGAAUUCAGGAAGCCUGUCAGCACUACAAAUCUGCAAGAUCCAGGUGUAUUGGGUUGCCCUCGCACAUGCCUUCAUGCUAUUUUGAACAUAUUAGAGAAUGGUACUGGAACAAGAUCUGAUCCCACAGCAGUUCGGGAAUCUCCACAUCUAGCAGAAUUGUGUUAUCAGGUGAUCUAUCAGUUAUGUGCAUGCUCAGACACAUCAGGACCAACAAUGAGAUAUUUGAGAACUAGCCAGGAUUUCCUAUUCUCUCAAUUGCAGCACUUGCCUUUUUGUGUCAAAGAACAUGAGAUUCCUGCCUUGAAUCAGAUGUCAUGGUUAAUGAAAACUGCAUCUAUAGAAUUGCGAGUUACAUCACUGAACCGCCAGCGUUCUCACACACAGAGACUGUUGCAGCUCCUUCUCGAUGAUGUCCCAGUUAGAUCUUACUUAGCUGAUGGUGAAGGAGGGAUAGAAGAUGAUAGUCGUUCUGUCACUGGAUUCCUUCACUUUGACACUGCUUCCAAGGUGCAUAGGAAAAUCUUGAGCAUCCUUGAUUCAAUUGACUUCAGUCAAGAGAUCCCAGAGCCUUUGCAACUAGAUUUUUUUGACCGUGCUCAAAUAGAGGAGGUCAUUGCUAACUGUGAGAAUAGGACUGCACAUGGACCAAUUAUCUGCAAUGUGAAGCAUCUUCACAAAGUUCUGAUUGCUGAAGUUAAUGCCUUGCAAGGAAUGGCAGCCCUUGGACAGAGACCUUUACUUAUGGAGGAAAUCAAUACAAUUCUUCAGUAUGUUGUGGAAAGGAACAAGCUUCUUCAGUGUCUGUAUGCAAAGAAACAUGCUCUGGAGUCCUGGAGGCAGCUGGUUGAAAUCAUAUUAACUGCCUGCCCACAGGACCUCAUACAAUCUGAAGACAGGCAGCUUAUUAUCCGUGAUCUAUUGCAAGAUUUACAUGAUAAGAUUUUAAAUGAAGAUGCAGCUCAAGAAUUAAUGCCUGUUGUGGCAGGAGCCGUGUUCACUUUGACUGCUCACCUAAGCCAAUCUGUACGAACAGAACAAAAGGAGCCAUUUUCUAUUCCUAUGCCUGGACAUUCCCAAUUUGUCCUAAUGUUGGAUGGUUCUUUUGCUACAUCACCUGCUUCCGAAGACUUGGCAGUGGGAUUUGCCUCCAUUGGAGACUCUUCUUUACAUAUCAUAUUGAAAAAAAUUCUGGAUUUUAUUCUGAAGACCGGUGGUGGAUUCCAGCGAGUGAGGACACACCUGUAUGGAUCAUUGCUUUAUUAUUUGCAGAUUGCUCAACGACCAGAUGAACCAGAUACCCUAGAAGCAGCCAAAAAGUCCAUGUGGGAGUGUUUAACAGCUCCUGAAGAUGGUUUCAGUAAACUGCAGAGAGAAAACAUGGCUAUUAUUGAAAGCUAUGGUUCUGCCCUAAUGGAGGUAGUCUGCAGAGAUGCCUGUGAUGGACAUGAGAUAGGACGGAUGUUAGCACUAGCAUUACUGGACCGUAUCGUCUCUAUAGAUAAACAGCACCAGUGGUUAUUAUAUCUCUCCAACAGUGGCUACUUAAAAGUGCUUGUUGACAGCCUGGCGGAUGAUGAUCUCAAGUUGCAAAGUUUACUUAUACCACAGCCUCCUUUGCUUAAAGCGCUGUAUACCUAUGAGUCAAAAAUGGCCUUCCUGACCAAAGUAGCAAAAAUACAGCAAGGAGCACUAGAGUUAUUGAGAUCUGGAGUAAUAGUGAAACUUGCACAGUUUCAGGUAUAUGAUAUGCGGCCAGAAAUAGAUCAACAAGGAAUAUUUGGAAUGCGAGACCCUCCAGUCUUCAUUCCUGCUCCUGUGGAGCGUUACCACCAGAUUCUUUUGCCUGCUCUCCAGCUUUGCCAAAUCAUCCUUACUUCUAGCAUGGCACAACAUGCUCAGGCUGCCAGACAGGUUUUGCAGUUCCUAAUAUCCCAUUCAGAUGCUGUCCAAGCAAUCUUGCGGUGUCAAGAAGUUAGUGUGGGAGCCUUGCAAGAAUUGGCAUUACUAACUGGAAUAAUCAGCAAAGCUGCUUUACCAGGUGUGCUGGGUGACUUUGACCUUGAUUUCAAUGAAGGAAUGCAGAUUGAAUUACAAGGACAUAUAGGGCGAUUUCAGCGCCAAUGCUUAGGCCUACUCACACGGUUUGGUAGUUCAGAGAGACUGCGCCAAUUCAAGUUGCAAGAUGAUCACACAGAUGCGGAUAGAGUGAACAAGAGAGAUGAUCUUGAACUAGCCAUGCAACAGAUCUGUGCCAAUGUGAUGGAAUAUUGCCAGCUGCUUAUGCUACAGUGUGCCCCUACUUUUGAACAUACAGUUUGCCUAUUCACUCCCAGCCUCUCUGAGUCCACCAAUCGAGAAGGACCUCGACAGGAUACACAAGCACCAGUGAUUCCAUAUUGGCGAUUGCCUGGUCUGGGUAUUAUUGUCUAUCUCUUAAAACAAAGCGCUAAUGACUUCUUCAGUUACUAUGAUAGUCAUCAUCAGAAUGUUAGCAAGUUGCAAAAUGUGGAACAGCUACCACCAGAAGAGAUAAAAGAGUUGUGCCAGUCUGUUAUUCUAGCUGGAGUAGACAAAAUUUCUACAACCCAAAAGUAUAUUUUAGCAAAGCGGCGUUUAGUGAAGCUGAUCAACAAUCGAGCCAAACUGCUUUCUCUGUGUUGUUAUAUUAUAGAAACCUGUCUUUUUAUUCUUUGGCGGCAUCUUGAACACUAUCUGCUACACUGUACGCCUGCAGAUUCCCAAGCUUCUCUUUUGGCUCCCAGGACUCAGUCAAGGAGCAGAAGAUUACAAGAAACGAACUUUGAUGUAGCAAGUGGAUCGAGCAGAAUAAGCCAACUUGAUAUAGAUCAGCUUCAGCUAGAGGCAACCAAUAAUUUUGGAGAAUCCCUUCAGAAGAAACUUCUAGAUAUAGAAGGACUGUAUUCUAAGGUGCGGUCACGCCAUACUUUUAUUCAAGCACUUGUUAGACGUAUCCGUGGCCUGCUAAGAAUACCAAGAGGAUGAAGAAUAAUGUUUGUUCAUUAUUGAUGUUUUUUGUACAAGUAACAUUUUAUAAAUUAUGGUGAAAUUAUUUUAAUACGUUUCAUUAAGAAUGAAUAAUUUGUCUGUGUUCCUGCCAUUCAUUAUUACCUAAGUCAAAAAAUAAACUUUUUUAAACAGUCA